AUGAACCCGCGUGCAGCCUCAUUCACUCCCUCUUUUGCAAAAUCGACCAAUUCGGAUUAUGCUGCUUCGGAUCAUAGCGGCGACAAUAGCAACCGGCCGUCGAGAAGAAGCACUGUGGACAUGUCCAGGGAUGCCAUGAUCUCUGGCCUGGGGAUCUCCUCGCCAACAGCAGAAGGCCCCCACCAGGGCCUCACUGUGAACACCAAGGUCUUCUCUCCAACCUCGUUGAUGCGUCAGGAACGCUCGACCUUCACAGCCUCAGAAAUGUCGCCGAAACCCAUGUCUUCCCUUCCUGCCGACUUCAACCCAGAGGAAUUCCGUAUCAACCUCAUGCGGCAAAUCUCUGAUAAACUAGAGUCUGGUCUCGAUCGUCACUUCUCCCAGUUGGUCUCCGCCACAGCUGCGGCCCUCCCUCUCUCACCCGCCACUUCAGACAACGAUGGAACUGGAUCGACCGCUGAAGAAAACAUGAUAAACCAGCUUAAAAAACUGCUUCGAAGCACAACUACAGAGCUGGAGAGGGUCAAAGGCAAGAAUCUGGAGCUGCGGGAAGCAAAUCACAAACUAGAGCUCCAGCACAUGGAGGCGACCCAUCAAGUUGCACGGCUGCAAGACUUUGAACUCAACAACCAGUUCCUACUCUCGAGGGUCAAGGAGCUCGAAUCGUGUGCCUCUUCUGUGGAUUCCCUAGAGACAUCAUCGAUGAACGGCCACCGGGGCCAGCAGCACCAACGGAGCGGUAGUAAUGUCAGUAGUGCGACUCAACAAAGCCAUCAUAUUCAAAGACUCAUGAAUGAAGUUUCGGCCCUGACAGCCGAACGCGAUGCGCUCAAGAUCAAGUCUUGGGAGCUGGAGAAGAAGCCCUAUGCUCAGCAGCACCAACAAAGACCAGCUCACUUUGUUGAUCUCGAGAACGAGCGCAACCGUCUCGUGGAAGAGCUCAGCGCCAAGACGGUGGCGACGGAGGAGCUCUGGAACAAGAACGAAGCCUUGAUGGUCCGUGCCAAGGAAUACGAAAAGCGUGUCUGGGAGCUCGAAGGCCAGUGCGCUGCUCUCGAGGAGGAAUGUGCCGCUCUGCCAAAGAUUCGCUCCGACUUGGUCGAGAUGGAGGCGCGCGCGGUUGCUGCUGAUGCGCAUGUGGAGAAAUUGCAGGAUAUGGAGGGUCAGGUUGCGUUGGUCAAGAGCCUACAGGAUCGAAUCCAUGAGCUUGAGACGACCAACGCAGAGUUGGAUCAUUCAAACUGGGACCUGUCGGAGCGGCUCAACAUUGCAAACAACCAACAUACACUGCUGACGAAAGAGUUCGAGUCAUUCAGAUCCAAGGACAAGGAUGACCGACGACUUGAGUUCCUGGCGAGCCGGAAUCGGGAGUUGGAGGCACUCCUUGCUGAGCAGGCCAAGAUCUCCCCAGAUUACAAGGAGGAAUUCGAGCGUGUGUCCGUCGAGCUGGAGAAGGUCAAGGUGCGUCUGCCGCAGCUGGAGGGUCAAGCCAAGCAAGUGGCGCUGUUGCGUUCCAGAACAUUACAUCUCGAGAAGCAAAUCAAGACCAUGGAGGAACUGGAGCCUCGCCUGGAGGAGAUGCAAAUCUUGCAUGAGCGCAAUGUUUUCCUGGAAGGCGAGCUUGGAGAGCUGGAGCACCUGCGUGCGCGUGAGAUGGAGCUCGAGGGAGAGCUGGAGGAAGCCAAAGCACGCUUGGGCCAGCUGGAGACGAACAAGGGUCGCGUGGCCUCGCUACAGGGGAUCAAAUCCCCUGGCACCCGUGCACGAUCAGGCUCUGUGGCCCAGCAUAACCCCUCACUCUUCCAGGAGGGGGAUGAGUUGGCCUCAGGCUUGAAUAUCAGGACUGGAUCCCCGGUACGCCAGCUGAGUCGCCGCACCUCUCAGUCGGUCGGGUCGGGUGAACUUGGCAGCUCUCUGCCCAUGUCGCCAACUAGAGCGCCGACAGUAAGCGCAUGGCCUUCAGGUCGCAGCAGCAUGAGUCUGACCAUGAACCGCAUGAGCAGCAGCUCCAGCACGAGCUCGACUACAGCAGUGACCAAUGGUGCGCGCGCUGAGAGCCCCCGAGAGGUGGACGACGAGAUUGCGGUUUUAAAGAAGGAGGGAGUGACCAUGGUCUCUGCAGAGCCAGAGUCAUUGCCAGAAGUGCCAGCAUCACAGGCGGCAGCCGCCCUCAGCGCAGAGCCAGUCAACUAG